AUGCCGAGCACAGCAAGUUUGCAUCGCUGGCGACCAAUAAAAUUCAUGAAAACGGGUACUGACACAAGAGUAAUUCAGAAUUUGAGGACAGUAAAAAGUCAAGCAGAAAAAAUAUGUGCUGUUAUUCUGGAUGAAAUGUCUAUACGGAGGGAUUUAUGUUAUAAUAAAUUCACUGACCAAAUCGAUGGAUUCGUAGAUUUUGGUUAUGAUAGACGUUUUCCUGAAGAGGCCAACAAAUGUUUGACGCUUAUGAUAAAAGGAAUUUGUAGCAACUGGAAAUAUAUUCUAGCUUACUAUUUAACUAAAGAAGGUGCAACAGGUAAGAAAGUAUUUUUAACGAUUUUUAUGAAAUCACAACGUUGUAUUACUAGGAAACGUUUUGAAGGAUAUACUUGA